UCACAUGACACAAACAAAAUCCACACAAUAAAAUUUAACAAUGGAACCCAUGCCUGAAAAAAAUUCGUACUACAGAAGGGAGAGAAGGAAAUUUGCCCUGAUCACCUACCUCCUGACCGGAAUAUUUUUGAUUGUGGCGCUGGUGCAGUGGGUUCUUUUCUACUUUAUAGGCUUUUUAAACGAUUUCUUUACUGUUCACUAUUGGGUGAGCUGUAUUUUCUUUGGGAUAGGCCUAGUACUGCUUGUUCUUUUCAUUUUCUUUGAGGCAUUGCGUUUCAAUAACAUGGUAAACUGGUUGUUUGCAGUGCUAAUUUUUGAGUGCAUAGUGCUGGGCAUGGUACCUUUGAUUGUUCGGCACUAUAGAUUUCAAUUCCUUUUUAGCUUCAUCAUAUGGGCCCUGGUUUUGGUACUCUUCAUUGCGUGCGGCUCCUUUUUACCGCUUGAUCUGACUUUGGAUGUGGUGGUAUUAUUUGUCCUCGCCGUGGUGUCCAUUAUUGGCGCUAUAUACUUCGUGAUGCUUUACAUCGUGGUAAACGCUCCGUAUUCGUUUAUCAUCGCUCGAUGCUUUAUCGUCAUCAGCAUAUUGAUGUUCGUCAUGUACCACGCGCAGAUUAUCAAUGGUGGAAGGUUUGCCGAGAUGCGCACGAAUGACUAUUUCCUAGGAGCCCUUAUACUGUUCCUCGAUUUCCUUCUCAUGUACCUUUUCUCCUUUCAACUGGCUCCAAAGUGGUCGGACCUUUGUGACCUACAACUAUCGAACAAUUUUGUGCUGUUCAAGGACACCACGACGGAUGAGCCAUCUUAUUAUAACUGGACAACAGAAUAUACCAGCACUACCCUCUAAGACCAAAGUUACCCAACACUACGCGCUGUUGGCGCCACACACACAGCUGCCAGCUGAUUUCAUUUCGCGUUCUACCGGUGAACAAACUUUAAUUGGC